UCCCCAAACCGAACGAGGGUAGCUUUGUUUCUUAUUUAUAAUCGUUUUCGGAUUUGUUUCUUCUUCAAUUUUUUGCUGCGAAAAAUAAAACAAAGAAGAAGAAACACAGUCUGAGAAAAGAAGCUUACUUGACGAUUGAACAAUGGUUCGGGCAUUGACUCGUCGGUACAGCACCCACAACUCGGGAUCUUUCCGCAUUAUGAGAAUGCUCGACAGUCCAGGGUGGCACCAGCAACCGCAAAAUUCGAUCACGUGUGCUAAUGAUCAUGCAGAUGAUGUCGAUUAUAACCUGCGAGAAAAAACAGUUCAUUGCCAACAUAUAGGAGAUUGUUGGCCAGGAACUCCUCCGGAGAGGCCACCAUCAGAUACGGAUAUGAUGAAGGAAAAGUUUGGUAAGUUGCUUUUGGGUGAAGAUAUGUCAGGAGGAGGAAAGGGUGUUUCUUCAGCUUUGGCUUUGUCAAAUGCAUUAACAAACCUAGCAGCAUCUGUUUUCGGAGAACAAGUAAAAUUAGGACCUAUGGCUCCGGAAACGAAAGCAAGGUGGAGAAAAGAAAUGGAUUGGCUUCUAUCGGUUACCGACCACAUCGUCGAAUUCGUUCCUUCACAACAGAAAACAAAGAACGGAGCAAACAUGGAGAUUAUGGUCACUAGACAAAGGAGCGAUCUGCUCGUGAAUAUACCUGGCCUACGCAAACUCGACACCAUGCUUAUUGAGACUCUUGACAGCUUUGGAGAAGAACAAGAAUUUUGGUAUGUGUCCAAAAAUGAAGAUCAAGAGAAUGAAAACGGGCAUGGGGAUGACAAAUGGUGGCAUCCGACUGUUAAGGUACCUGAAAGAGGCUUAUCGGAAGCAUCACGAAGGUGGCUGCAGUCUCAAAAGGAAUCGGUUAAUCAGGUUCUAAAAGCAGCUAUGGCCAUCAACGCUGAAGUCCUAUCUGAAAUGGAGGUUCCCGAAAGCUACAUUGAUUCCCUCCCCAGGAACGGAAGAUCAAGCCUCGGCGAUUCAAUCUAUAAAGGCAUUACGGUGGAGUACUUUGAUCCAUCGCAAUUCCUUGCAACCAUGGACUUGUCAACAGAGCACAAAGUUUUAGACCUUAAGAAUAGGAUUGAGGCCUCCAUUAUCAUUUGGAUGAGGAAGUUGCACCAUAAAGAUGGAAGAUCGUCUUGGGGUUCAGGUGUCAGCUUGGAAAAGAGGGAACUCUUCGAAGAGAGGGCCGAGACUAUAUUAAUCAUGUUAAAGCAGCGUUUCCCGGGACUUCCACAAUCUGCACUUGAUAUAUCUAAGAUCCAAUAUAAUAGGGAUGUAGGUCACGCUAUCCUGGAGAGCUAUUCAAGGAUUCUAGAGAGCUUGGCGUUCAAUGUCAUGUCGAGAAUCGAGGAUGUCCUUCAUGCUGAUAGCCUUUCUCAAAUAUCAUCACCGGAAAGAUCUGAGGGGUCCUCUAUCUCCUCUGAUGAAGACGCAAUGGCGAAGAGUGCUGCAGACGCACCGACACUCUCGGAUUUCAUGGGUUGGGGCAUUGCUUCCAGAAGGAGAAAUUCAACUGAUCUAGAAAUCUACUACAAGGGAGAUAAUGACAAAAAAACUUCCAAGCCAACCCCAAAGAUAUCUCACCAUCUAGAGAAGCUUGAAAGCUGUGUGCUAAGAAAUCCUAGUUCUUGUGAUUGAUAGAUUGAAGGGAAACAAGAGAGAAUAGAAAGAGCGACAGUUAUGCAAUAAAUGCGAGACGAAGAUUAUAUUUAUAUAAGGUUAGAAAAAAAAGCUUACCUCA